CCGGGAUGACGCACGCAGAUCCGGCGUGUUGAUGCUCUGAUGCUGGUCAGCAUCUGACCACCGGCCGGUGAUGGAGGCUCGGACGGCGGCGGAGAGCCGCUGAGACGAGCCCCCGGGCAUUUUUAUUUGUUUGUUUUCUUUGUUUUUGUUUGUUUUUUUUUCAAAGCUCGCGCCAGCUUUCAGCGACACCUGCCGUGGAUGAUUUUCUCGAUGGGUUGCGGGGGGAGUCGGGCGGACGCGAUUAUCGAGCCCAGGUACCACGAAAGCUGGACCAGGGAGACGGAGUCGACGUGGCUCACCAACACGGACGUGGAAAGCCCCGUUUCUGUCCCCAACAGUAAAGCCUUGGAGGCCGGACUGAAAGAGAAGAGGAUGGUGACCACGGGCACCCAGUGCGGGAAGCAGGCCCUGGCCAGCGGGGGCUCCGGGCACCAGCGGAGAGCCCGGCGCUCCGGGAGCGACCAAAGCGCCCGUGAAUCCAAAAGGAGGGCGUCGAAGGAGGCCAACGGUCUGGCGAAGGACGGCCAGGCCGUGGGUAUCCACGGAUUCCUGGUUGCCGAUGGCAACGACUGGCAACGCGAGCACGCGCUUCCGCCUCCAUCCAAAGACCUCCGGACGCUGCGUUUUUUGUUGUGCCAUUGCAUGCGUGAGGAAGAGAGCGGUUAA